CACAAGAGGGCGCUAUAACCGUGAACCGAGAACCGCUAACAUGCAACGAAGGAGUCCAACGAACCUGGGCUAGAAGAACACAAUAUUUGGUCUUCCAUGAUGGCAUGCAAUGCAUGCAGGCAGAGCCAGAGGGGGGAGGAGACAGUAAACAAAAAAUGAAAUGAUGAAGGCCAGCUUUUCAUGAUUCUUCAAACUUAUACGGUAACAUGGCCAUUAACUUCUGCAGUCAUGAAUAUGGCACAAUAGUCACAACAAGUUCUGUGAGUGCAGAUGGAUACGAAGUAGACAACUUACUUGGGAAGGCUAAGACAAUGUGGGGCCAGCCCAAAGGUUUUGUUGCAGAGAGCUUCAUCAAACCCCCUGUCGACAUCAACCUCAUGUUUCGAUUCAACGUAUGGAUUCAGAAGAUUGUAAUUGAUCCUAAAGUAGGCAGUCAGAUGUCAGGAGGGGUAGAAGUGUUUACAGCCUCCGUACCAAUGAGCAACCAAAAAGGAAUUCCUCCUGAAGAUAAAGAACGUAAAGAUUGUCCUGAAAAGCCAUCUUUAAGAAACCAAAGUGGUAUGCAGUCGGAAAAGAAGGAAGCUGUGUUUGCAAGUGUUGGCAGAGCUUUCUCCACAGACAAAAACACAACAAGUUUCUGUUUUGUAAAUCACGGUUACCAAGCAAUUUAUACUCCGACUACAAGUAAUCGGCAUUCAGAUGAACCCUCUUCUUCAAGACCAGGGGAAGUGAAAAGGUUUCUACGCAACUCUCAAUUUGGUGCUUUGACUAAUGUAAGUCACAUGACACUGCGGAUCAAUCGUGUCAUCAGUGGAUCUGUCGCUAUAAAAUGUGUUCAAGUUUUGGGACAGCCUUCUAGAAACUGCUCCAAGCAAACGAUUCAUUGGGUUCUGCAAGUCGCAAACUCUCAGAAUCCACUGAAGACUAAGGUGAAACCUCACUGUGUUACAAAGAAAGCUGAGCCUACCAAGGAAACCUUGAGACAUCACGCCAAGAAAGUCCUAAAUUCUGUCAAUGAACAAGGUUGCCCGGAGGAGUUCAUGGACCCCAUUACUAAUGACAUGCUGAUACUUCCAGUUUUAUUACCAUCUGGUCACACCAUAAACAGUGAAACCUUGACGAAACACAGUGAAGCAGAGGCUGUAUGGGGGCGCCCUCCGAAUGAUCCAUUUACCGGGAUACCUUUCUCCCAGAACAGUAAACCUCUUCCUAAUGUGAUACUGAAAGAGCGGAUUGAUCAAUAUAUACUAAAAGGUGGGAACAGCGUGUCAGUUGGAGCUAGAGAUGUCGGUAGAUCGAGUAAUAGAACCUCAAACCAAGCAAUACAUGUACCUACAGCAGCAUCUCUUGUAUGUCAUCCAAGAACUAAAUGUAUUUCACUCAUCAAAGAAGAGGAUAGUGUGAAACCUUUAAAAGCACCAAACCUUGAUCAAAGCAACAGUAAUAACAUCAGUACCUCAGGUAGAACACCUUCAUAUCCAGAAAGCAGAAUUUCUAGUGCAACAUCAAAGAGGAAGUUUCCUGUAGAAUCUAGCCACCGUUCUAUGACCAAGAGAAGACUACUUACCAACCCAAAGAAUAAGGAAGAGGUUUCUGAUACUGGACCAUCAAGUUCGUCUUCACUCCAAGCUUCCACAGUCUGUCAUGAGGACAUGUUAUCUCAGAGUCUGGAUGUAGCUUUGGAAGAGGCGUUAUCUUCGGUACCAUCAUUCAGCAGAAAGGCACAUUCCAGUACUAGCACAGAUCAAGAAGUCUCCAACAGAUGGUCCUGCGCUGCUUGUGGUAAUACUAUAGCAACCAAAGAAGGUUACCAUGUCAACGGGCCCAUCAACAUGUAUAAGUUACCAUGUGCACACAUGGUGUGUAGAAGUUGCCUUUUGUUACCUGAACAAAAGAAAAUAAGAAAAUGUUCAACUUGUCAUAAAAGUUUUGAUGCAUCACAAGUUGUCAAGGUGCAUUUGUAGACAAUUCUUGUUUGCUGUAACUUUAUACUUACGAUAGUUUUGUUACACAAUCAAAGAGUGGAUUUUGCUUAAAACAUCAAUUAUCAAGUGAAGUCGUUGUUUAUUACCACUCAAGCAAGAGUAAAAUAUGCAUCCCAUUGUAGCCUCUUUGGAUAAGGGUUGCAGCCACAUUACAUUUUGUCCAUGUUCGACGAGAGAGCAUGUGAUAACAAAUUUAUCUUGAAGCAAAUUUGACACACAGCUUAAAGCCAUUGGACCCUUUCGGUAAACAGCA